AUGGCAGGGGACGGGUUCGCAGGCGGCCAGACCCCCAAUUCUGAACGCUGGACGCCUCAAGGCCUCCCCACAGCCCGGGGCUGGCCCGGCGGGGAGGGAGGACAGGCGGACGGGCACCCCAGGCCGCUCCGGGCUCCGAGGCCGCCGCACUCCCUUCCGGCGACAGAUCCCUCCCUUCGCUCCGGCCCCCCAAAAGGGCGCAGACGCUUCCUAGGGCCGGGGGUGGUCAGCCCAGAGCGGCCGGCGGUGCGCACCCCGAGGGAGGCCGCAGAGUGGCUGUGGGACAAGGGAGUGGACGGGAGGAAGAGGAAGAGCUCCGGCUGCAGCCCCAGAGCUGCCCGAGGGGCUUCAGCAGGGACCCCCAACCCGGGUGGGGUGCAGGGUGGGCGCAGGUGUUGGGGGCGAGCGGAGGGACGGGGCAAGGCGUGGCGGGAAGCAGGCGGAAAACGAAAGCGGAACGACCAGACCCACCCGGAGCGCCACGCCAACCGCUCCCCAGCCAGCUGUGCCAGCUGCGCCAGCUGUGGCCGCGGCCCGAGCCCGGCUUCCUUCCCGAGGCUCCCCGCCCCCACCCGCCGGCUCCCGCGCCGCGACCCGUCCCCUCCCCCGCCCGCCCCUCCCCCACCGCCCCCUCGGGAAGCAGCUGCGUCGUCUCUCCUCCCCUCAGCGCCGCCCGCCCCGCCCCACCCCGCGCCCCGUGACCACGCCCUCCUUUGGGCUCCGCCCCCGAGGGCUGCCGAGGAGCCAAUGGGCGAGGAGCACCGGAACGAGGCUGCGCCGCUUUACAAGCCCAUGGGAGCCAAUGGGACUCCGCCCCCGAGGUCUCCCGAGGAGCCAAUGAGCGAGGAGAAGCGGAACGAGGCUGCGUGGCGUCAUCGCGGCGGCGUUGGCGGGAAGCGGCUCUUUGGGUGGCAGCGCGCGCGGCCUGAGGAGAAAGCCGGGCGUCUUAAGAUGGACGCCGCCGCCGCCGAGAGGAACGGGCAGGACGCGGAGUCCCCGCGGGCGCGGAGGCCGGUGCCGGAGCGGCUGCAGAAGCGCGAGCAGGAGCGGCUGCAGGAGGCGGAGCGGCGGAAGCAGAGCCGGCGGGCCCAGGAGGUGGCGGAGGAGAAGCGCGACUUCUUCGCGGCCGCCUUCGCCCGCGAGCGCGCGGCGGCGGAGGCGCUGCUGCGGGGCGGCGAGGCCGAGACGGAGACGGAGGCGGAGGCGGAGGCGCGGCUGGAGGCGGCGGGCGCGCGGCUGCAGGCGCUGCAGAAGCUGGUCAACGACGCGCUGCGCUUCGUGGCGGCCUACGACGUGCGGCAGGCGCAGGAGGCGCUGGCCGGGCUGCAGGCCGCACUGGCCGAGCGGCGCCGCGAGCUGCGCCCCCGGCCGCGCUUCACCUUCCGGAGCCGCAGGCGGGAGGCGGCGGCGGCCCCCGGCGAGGCCCCCAGCGAGCCCGGCCCCAGCCCCGCGGGCCCCCUCGCCCGCCUCGCCCUCGACGCCCCCGACGCCUGCGGCUUCUCCGGCCUGCGGGCGCAGCGCCUGCACCUGGGCCCCGAGGAGCUGCGGCAGCGCCCCGUCGUGCUGAGCGAGCUGACGGACUGCAGCGUCCGGCUGCGCGGGAACCCCAACAGCCUGCGCCUGAGCCGCGCCCGCCGCUGCACCGUGCUCUGCGGGCCCGUGUCCACGUCGGUGUUCCUGCAGGACUGCAGCGACUGCCUGGUGGCCGUGGCCUGCCAGCAGCUCCGCGCGCACGCCUCGGCCGACACGCGCCUCUUCCUGCACGUCACCAGCAGGGCCGUGGUGGAGGACUGCCGCGGCAUCCGCGUCGCGCCCUUCGCCUGGACCUACCCCGGCCUGGACGCCGACUUCGCGGGCUCCGGCCUCGACCGCGCCCGGAACCACUGGGACCAGGUGGACGACUUCAACUGGCUGGCCCGCGACGCCCCGUCCCCCAACUGGAGCGUCCUGCCCGAGGACGAGCGCGAGCUCCCGUCGGACUGA